AGAAUACUCUCCAAUAAAAUCCAUUGCCCUUUUUCUUAUUGUGUUUGUCUCGGUUUUUCAGUUCCCCCAAUUAUUCCGGAGAAGAAGAACAAGGAGGAGGAGGAGGAGGAGGGCCAGAGCCCCAAUCCCCCGUUCAAUCUUCAGGAAAUUGAGUCGAACCCCAUGAAAUCAAUUCAUAGGGUCCUUUGAUCUCUGUUUCCUGAAGAAACAAAAGAAAAAGGAAAGCAAAAAGGUUUUUCGAUUCGAUUGAGUUUUCUCCUCGGCGGAUCGAUUUGCAGCUUCUGGGUCUUCCCCAUACUGCAUGCAUGGGCGCAGUGGUUGUCUUGUAUGCUGUUCAAAGCCCAAACUGAUCUCUUCAGCUGGGCCCUUACCAGAGGGACAGGAAUCUAGGGGACAGGAUUUUUUUUGGAGCACGAGUGUUUCUGAUAUGGACUACAGUGCGGCACAGUCACAGGGCAGCAUAUCAUCAAUCAGCACAUCAAACCAGACCCUCUAUCAACAUGGUGGUUUGGGGCCAUCUGGAACUCCUGAGUCUGUUAAUCACGGUCUUCUUCUCUGGAACCAGACUAGGCAGCAUUGGUUAAGUAAUAAAAAAAAUAAGACCCGACCACGGCAGGUCCGAGAACCUAAAUUAAGUUGGAAUGUUACAUACGAAAGCUUACUAGGAAGCAACAAGCCAUUUCCCCAGCCCGUCCCUCUCUCUGAAAUGGUCGAUUUCCUCGUCAAUGUGUGGGAACAAGAGGGUAUGUAUGACUGACACGAGGGAGUCGGGAACGCAGCUGAGUUGUUGGACAAUCUCUUGAAUUGUUUGUAGAUUGUUGAAGCAUAUCGAAUUCCCGGCAAUGGUGGAAUUUAGAGGGGGGGAGCCAGUUUUGUUUCUUCAGUGUCAUACUGACUUGUGUAAACAUUCCUUUGUGGUCUCCACUGUUGAGAUUAAUUUACAGAAUCAAACUGCCUUUUGUGUCAAA